AUGCAAAUACAACCUUCUAGAUCGAUCAGUUCCGAUCAGUUCCAAAGUUCCCAUGCUCGUUGGCGCGCCCUCACACACCGCACCCCUUCCUCCCAUUCCUCAUUUCUCUACGGCGUCAAAUCUACCAAGAUCUACUGCCGCCCGACCUGUCCUGCACGCCUGGCUCGAAGAGCCAAUGUUGUAUUUUACGACACAGAAGACCAAGCGCGGCGCGAUGGUCACCGGCCGUGUAAGAGAUGUCAACCAGAUAAUGCGAGCUUUGUUGGAGACAGAGAGGAAGUUGUCACAAGGGUUCUAGCGCUGUUACGGACCAAGUGGGAUGAUCAGGAUCUGAUAAUGAAGCGAGGCUUGAAGGAGUUAGCACAAGAGGUCGGUGUAACGCCGAGUUAUCUUUGCCGCGUGUUUAAGAGAACGAUGGGGCUUACGCUAGGAGCCUACAUGAUAGAAUUUGAGAGGGAGGUAAGCGAGGGCAAGACGGAAAGCUCAGUUCAAUCUCCCAGCACAGUUGGCUCUGGUAUCGGUGACGCGACGAGACUCUUGACGCCAGCAACAACGGCAGGGAGCCCCAUGCCACCUAUCGAGGGUCCGAAGGACGAGCUGGCAGAGCAACAAGUGGGAAAUGUCGCAGAGGCUCUAGACUUGAAUUUUGAUUUUGACGAGUGGUUCUGGGCUGGAGGAUUCGCUCAAGAAGACUUUUGGAAUGAAAUCGCCUUAAAUGAUGGCUUGAACAAGCAGAUAUUUUAA